AUGUUAGUAGAUAUGAUCAAGGUCAUCUUCUCAUUUCUCAAUGUGUACUAUGCUUAAAAUCAUAUAAAUAUUGAGAGUUUAAAGAUUACAAGCUAAGCAUAUAUACACUAGCUAUCAAAGCCGCCUCACCUAGUCUCCAUUGGCUAAAAUCAUACUAACGUGUUUAUAAAUAAGUAUUACAUCAACCCAUAUUUUCUUCAUCCACAAAUAACCAUUGGCUAUACUAUCACAAAAACUACCAAAACCAUGAACCCUACCUUUUACUUAGUUCUUGCCUUAACCGCGGCUUUGGCCUCAAACGCAUAUGGUGCCGUUCUCGACAUCGACGGCAACACCAUAUUCCACGAAAGUUACUACGUUCUCCCUGUCAUCCGUGGCCGAGGAGGCGGCCUGACUCUAGCAGGCCGCGGUGGUGAGCUAUGUCCUCUCGAUAUCGUGCAGGAAUCUUCAGAACUCGAGGAGGGCAUUCCCGUAAAAUUUUCAAACUGGAGGCUUAAAGUUGCAUUCGUUCCCGAAUCAGAGAACCUCAACAUCGAAACAGACAUCGGAGCCACGAUCUGCGUUCAGUCAACCUACUGGUGGGUCGGUGAUUUUGACCACGAGAGGAAGCAGUACUUCGUUGUGGCUGGUCCUAAACCAGAAGGGUUUGGACAAGAUUCGUUGAAGAGUUUCUUCAAGAUCGAGAAAUCUGGGGAUCUUGGUGCUUACAAGUUUGUGUUCUGUCCUCGGACUUGCGACUCUGGCAGUCCAAAAUGCAGCGAUGUCGGGAUAUUCGUGGAUGAACUCGGCGUUCGUCGUUUGGCUUUAAGCGAUGAGCCUUUCUUGGUUAUGUUCAAAAAAGCCAAUGUGACCGAAGUUUCGUCAAAGACUAUGUAAGAGGACAAGCCUCGAUCUUUAUUUACUAAAUAAACAGACCUCUCUGUUAUUUUUUUUUCCCUUUGAUAAACACCUCUCUCUGUUUUCUUGAAAACUACAUAUUGAAUAAAGAGAGCUAGUGAAGCACAUGCCCAUUUAUUAGAUGUUCAAUCAUGUUCACUUCUC